UGCUACACCGUUAUCAUUCCCCGAAAAUGGCGACUUUAGCAGCUGCUGCUGUUGUUGCUGCCGCUGGCAGAGAUCCCGCUGUUGACCGUUCAUUGCGCUCUGUAUUUGUGGGAAACAUUCCAUAUGAGGCCACAGAGGAGCAACUGAAAGACAUUUUUUCAGAAGUCGGUCUCGUUGUCAGUUUUAGGUUGGUGUAUGAUAGGGAGACAGGCAAGCCGAAGGGAUAUGGCUUCUGUGAGUAUCAGGACCAGGAGACGGCCCUCAGUGCCAUGCGGAACCUGAACGGAAGAGAGUUCAGCGGCCGAGCUCUCCGUGUCGACAAUGCUGCUAGUGAAAAAAACAAAGAGGAGCUCAAGAGUUUGGGGACAGGAGCCCCCAUUAUUGAGUCUCCCUACGGGGACAACAUCAUGCCAGACGAGGCUCCGGAGUCUAUUAGCAGAGCUGUGGCCAGUUUGCCCCCAGAGCAGAUGUUUGAGCUCAUGAAACAGAUGAAGCUGUGUGUGCAAAACAGUCCCCAGGAGGCCAGGAACAUGCUGUUGCAGAACCCCCAACUGGCCUUUGCUUUGCUGCAGGCCCAGGUUGUCAUGAGGAUCGUAGACCCUGAGAUUGCCCUGAAAAUGCUUCACCGUCAAACCCCAGUGCAGCCAUUGGUUCCCAACAGUCAAGCUGGGCCAGUGCCUGUGGCAAACCAGCCUAUUCCCCCGGCCAAUGCUCCAGUCUCCCAGUCACAGCCCAUGCCGGGCAUGCACAUGAACGGAGCUCCUCAGAUGAUGCAGCCCCCUCCCAUGGGUGGGGGACCUGGGCCCAUGCCAGGACAGGGACCUGUGGGACCACCAGGAAACCUCCAGCACUCACCCGUAGGAUCAUCUGGGCAGGCUGCUAUCGAGCGACCUCAAGGACCAGGUGGUAUCCCUCCCAGAGGUCUGCUUGGCGAUGGCCCCAACGACCCCAGAGGAGGAACCCUGCUCUCUGUCACAGGAGAGGUCAUCGAACCCAGUCGAGGAGGAGGCUUCAUCGGGGCCCCCCCACCACACCAGGGGCCCCCCAUGCACAUGAACCAGAUGGCUGGCGGGCCUCCUCUGGACAUGAGGCCACCCCAUGACAUGAGGGGACCCCCCAUGGGUGAACCCAGGGGCAUGAUGGGAGAGCCCCGGGGACCCCCCAUGGGUGAACCCAGGGGCAUGAUGGGAGAGCCCCGGGGANCCAUGGGUGAACCCAGGGGCAUGAUGGGAGAGCCCCGGGGACCCCCCAUGGGUGAAUCCAGGGGCAUGAUGGGAGAGCCCCGGGGACCCCCCAUGAUGGAGCAGCGGGGACCCCCCAUGAUGGAGCCCAGGGGACCCCCGAUGGAGAACAGAGGUCGGGACCCCCGAGCGGUGGACCCCCGUGGACCAGUGUCGGGCCAGAGGGUGCCCACUGCACAAGGAAUGCAGGGGCCCCCCCCUCACACCAUGAAUACUAAUGCCCCUCCACCUGCCAGACCGGGUCCUGGUACACCACAGUCCGGAGGUAGCUUCAGCCCAGGGCAAAGCCAGGUGACCUCACAGGACCAUGAGAAGGCCGCCUUGAUCAUGCAGGUGCUGCAGCUGACCCCAGAACAGAUCGCCAUGCUGCCCCCAGAACAGAGGCAGAGCAUCCUCGUCCUCAAAGAGCAGAUCCUGAAGACCACCGGGGCACCCUGAAUAACCCCACCCACACACCCACACCCAUAGGCUCAAGACUGUCACAGGACCCCGACACCCCUCUCCCCCUGUAACCUCGCCGUUGGAUUGAUCAGAAGACGUCACCUCACUUCAAACAUUUUGUAGAUUGUUUUGUAUUAUAUGGGCUUUUUUUAAUGGAAGUUUGAAGUGUUAGUGAUUUGAAAAAUGUCUGUUAUUCUUUUGAAGGGGAACACUUCAUAGUCAGUUCAACUGAGAGAAGCGUUGCUGGAUGUUACGUGAUGCCCAACCCUUUUCAUUUUGUGGCUGAAACCUGUUGCCUGUCUGGAUAUUUGUUCAAUUAAAUAAACUUUUCAAAAGA